AUGGACCAGUUUAAAGAUGCGGAAUCGUAUCUUUUAAAAAGCUUCAUUUGUUACGAGCAAAUCUUCACUAAUCUUGGAAAGCUAGAAGAAGCAAAAACUAAUAUCGUAGAUACCUAUAUUGAAGCAUAUCACUGGCUAGUCUUUGUGUCAGUUGUACUCGGGAAAAAGAGCCAAGCCUUGUUGGUGUCAGAGCAAGGAAGAUCGCGCGCCCUUAGUGAAAACCUUCAAACCAAAUAUGGACUUCAAGGAGAUGCAACAAAGAGCUCAUUAGACCAAGAAGUAUGUUUGUUAGUCAGUGGUACCUCGCCCUCGUUUGUUGUUGUAUCAUUGAGUGAUAAAUACCUUCACUUAUUCACUCUCUCAUCUCUAACUCCGUUAGUUGUACAUCCCGCAGCAAUGCAAAUGACAGAUGAAGCGGAACAAUGGCUAUCUCGUCUCAAAUACCUGAUCAACAGAGUUAUAUGUGAUGGAAAUCUGCACGUCCGUCAAAAUCGCGAUGAUACCUUCGAAGACAGAUCGCUGGACCUGGACUAUGAUGACGAGUCUGAACAUCAACACGUGCUGACAGAACUCGCAAGGGUAACACUAGGGUCCAAGGGCUCAGAGAAGACGAAUGAAAUCGGAGGCGAAUCAAGCGGAAACAGAAAAGACAAGAGUGUCGCCAAGAUGUGGGGCGGAGGUAGUGAGUGUCACCUUGCUACCAGGUCUCCUUUACCACAUACCACAGGAAAACCGAAGGCGAGUGACGAGGGUACUAGCGGUAAAGUACCACAGGAACACGACGAAGACGUCUGUUCGCCACCCCCAAUAAGCAGUGCCGAGACAUUGAGAGGGUCCGGUCUACUAAAAGAGCUGUACCGGAUACUGAUUGAACCAACUGAGAAGAAACUCACCCAAGAUGAAGUCGUGUUUGUUCCUGAAGGUGUCACGUUCAUGGUCCCAUUCGGCGCUCUGCAGUCGCCAGACGGGAGAUUCCUUUCUGAGAAAAAGGCAAUUCGUUUCGGCCCAUCACUCACUACUCUUAAGUUACUGAGAGAAUGUCCUGAAGACAAGCACUGCAAACGUGGUGUACUUGUCUUUGCGAAUCCAAGAUCAAACGCAAACGUAUUUACACGCAGGAAUGGAGCCGACGUGGUGAAGUCUUUUCACGAGAGGUUUGCAAAUCUCCCUGCAGCAAGUAAGGAAGCUAUCAAGAUCAGAGAAAUACUGCCCGACGUGACAUGUUUGAUCGAGUACCAAGCGACCAAGAAUGCGGUGAUGCAGAGUCUCGAGAAAGGCGUCGGUGUUAUACACAUCGCUUCGCACGGUGACUCACAGACGGGUGAAAUAUUAGUCGCACCAGAACCACGCAUGGAUAAGCAUGAUAUCGCCGAAAAAGAGGAAUACCUCCUGACGAUGAGGGAAAUCAGCUCGUGUCAGAUCAACGCAAGUCUGGUCGUGCUCAGCUGCUGUCAUAGCGGCAGAGGCCAGAUCAGAGCCGAGGGCGUGAUGGGUCUGGCGCGAGCGUUCCUCGCUGCAGGAGCUCGCUCCGUGCUCGCAACGCUGUGGACUAUUGGCGACAAUGCCACACUGGAGUUCAUGGAGCGCUUUUAUCGUCACCUGGCCAGCGGAUUGUCAACUAGUGCCAGUCUCAAGCGGACAAUCUGGGACACCAUCUCAAUGAAUGAUAAAUACAGCCACCCCUAUUACUGGGGCGCGUUUGUUCUCGUCGGUGAUGACGUCACUAUACGGUAG